AUGGAUCUACUGAAACCGACAACUUUAUUCUACAAGCAAACCGAAUCCAAGCAGGAAGAUCAGUUCAACCGGAAGCAUGGCACAAAAGCAAGGAAUUGCGAUGCCAAAGAUCUGGUUUGGGCUAAAGUACACCGAAACAACACCUGGUCAUGGGAACCCGCGAAGCGGGAUCUCGUGAGGUCCGAUGCGAAUCAACUGAAGAAGCGGUAUGAAUCAGAAAAACCAAGAGCACCAUCAACACAGCAGACUUCCCAAAUUCCGUUAAACAUACUACUGGAGUCCUGCGGUCUAAGCAAGUCCUCAACUACUGAACCAGAAGGACCCAUGUCAGUCAAUCCAGGGUCAGCCCAAUCAUCACAGCCAAUGGAAGUUCCUCACCAAACACCCGCAAGAUCACCAAGAACUUUAACUCAGCAGCAAUCGAGCCAGCUUCACCAGUCUUCGAGACCACAGCAGCAGAGUCCGAUCAACGGCAGCAGAGGCAGCGGCAGCGUUAACCGCUGCGUGAACGAGCCAAGCAGCAUAAAAGUCCAGCAGCAACGAGCAUCGUCAGCACCCGAAGCAACAGAAGCAGCAGUGAAAGCCCGGCCGGCACAGUAA